UUAUAUUUUCUGGUCUGUGAUAGUUCGCUUAAUUACCCUACCACAAAUCCACCAAACAUACAUAAAGCAAAAAAGAUUUCCCACAAAAACAAGAUUUGAUUUUUUUUUCCAGAAAACGAAGGCGUAUUUGGUGAAAUGGGUAGCCGGGGAUCGAAUUUCGGGAACCGGAUGUCGUUCUUGAUGCUUUCCAUGUUUGCUACCAUGGCUUGGUUUUACGUCGCCGGCCGAUUGUGGCAGGAUACGGAAAGCAGAGUUUAUUUAGUAAACGAGCUGGAUAAGAGAACUGGACAGGGGAAGUCGUCAGUCUCUGUAGAUGACACGAUGAAGAUCAUUACUUGCAGGGAAUAUCAGAAGAGAUUAGCUGAUCUUAAUGUGGAUCUGGAGAAAGCUAGGCAUGAAGGUUUCGUGCCUAAGCAUGUCAUAGAAAAUAGUGUAACCACAAAGAAAAAACUUUUGGCUGUUGUAGGAAUAAUGACAAUGUUUGGACGUAAGAACAACAGAGAUGCCAUUCGUAAGGCCUGGAUGCCUACCGGCACUGCUCUCAAGAAACUGGAAGAGGAAAAAGGCAUUGCCAUCCGAUUUGUGAUAGGGAGAAGUGUAAAUCAAGGUGACAGUUCAGACAGGAAGAUCGACAGCGAAAAUAGGGAGGCUAAUGACUUCAUGAUCCUCGAAAAUCAUGUCGAGACAACUGAAGAGCGAGCAAAGAAAACAAAACUGUUCCUGAUUCAUGCUGUGGAGCUCUGGGAUGCUGAGUUCUAUGCUAAGAUUAAUGACGAUGUGUAUGUUAAUAUUGAUGCUCUUGGAUCUGUGCUUGCAAGUCAUUUGGAUAAGCCUCGCGUUUACAUUGGAUGUAUGAAGUCUGGAGAAGUUUACUCUCAGCCGAAACAAAAAUGGUACGAACCCGACUGGUGGAAAUUUGGGGAUGGGAAAUCAUACUUUCGACAUGCUUCAGGUGAAGUGUUUGCUAUAUCACAACCACUAGCUCAGUUUGUUUCAAUCAACAGAUUGAUCCUCCGUGCCUAUGCUCACGAUGAUGUGAGUGUUGGGUCGUGGUUUAUUGGGCUUGAUGUUAAACAUGUUGAUGAGGGGAAGUUUUGCUGCUCAUCUUGGGCAUCAGUUGCGUGGACUCCGCUCGUUACUGAGUCUCGUGGCAAUGGUAUGCAGGAUUAGUCAAGCCUUGACUCCCCUUUGACAAAAUUAAUCUCGAACCAGUUCAAUCUAGAUACUUUCUAGCCAACUGAGUGCUCGAAUAGCAAAACUGCCUCUUUAUAGUUCCAUUCCUCUGUCACAAUGAGAUAACACCCUUCCUCAUUGGGCAUGCUGUAGCACCCCAAAACUAGUAAUUAGAUAAUAGUAUGUACGUACGCUGUGACCUAGUUUCGACUUCACAAUCUGUAAAAAAUAAUCUUUAUCCAACAAAAAAUGAAGUAAUUUUGAAAAUAUUAUUGAGAGUUGUGUCGGAAAAUUAUGGUGAUGAUAUUAUUUUU